AUGGCAGUGCCCGGACUGUGGCCGUGGGUGGCAUGUCUGCUUGUGACCCUCCUGUCCUUGGGAUCUGGCCUGGACACACUAAAGGUGUGCCCCAGCCUGGACAUCCGCUCGGAGGUGUCGGAGCUGCGGCGGCUGGAGAACUGCAGCGUGGUGGAGGGCCACCUGCAGAUCCUGCUCAUGUUCACGGCCACGGGCGAGGACUUCCGUGGCCUCAGCUUCCCGCGCCUCACUCAAGUCACCGAGUACUUGCUGCUCUUCCGUGUCUACGGCCUGGAGAGCCUGCGCGACCUCUUCCCCAACCUGGCCGUCAUCCGCGGCGCCCGCCUCUUCCUGGGCUACGCGCUGGUCAUCUUCGAGAUGCCGCACCUGCGGGACGUGGGGCUGCCGGCCCUGGGCGCCGUGCUUCGUGGAGCCGUGCGCGUGGAGAAAAACCAGGAGCUCUGCCACCUCUCCACCAUUGACUGGGGCCUGCUGCAGCCUUCCCCCGGCGCCAACCACAUCGUGGGCAACAAGCUGGGCGCGGAGUGCGCCGAUGUGUGUCCUGGCGUGCUGGGCGCCACUGGCGAGCCCUGUGCCAGGACCACCUUCAGUGGGCACACAGACUACAGGUGCUGGACCUCCAGCCACUGCCAGAGAGUGUGCCCCUGUCCCCAUGGGCUGGCCUGCACCCCUGGGGGUGAGUGCUGCCACAUCGAGUGCCUGGGGGGCUGCAGCCAGCCGGAUGACCCCAGCGCCUGCGUUGCCUGCCGCCACUUCUACUUCCAGGGCGCCUGCCACCAGGCCUGCCCUCCAGGCACCUACCAGCACGAGUCGUGGCGCUGUGUCACAGCCGAGCUCUGUGCCAGCCUGCGCUCGGUGCCCAGCCUCGCCUCCACCUUUGGUAUCCACCAGGGCAGUUGCCUGGCCCAGUGCCCUCCAGGCUUCACCCGUAAUGGCAGUAGCAUAUUCUGCCACAAGUGUGAGGGGCUGUGCCCCAAAGAGUGCAAGGUGGGCACCAAGACUAUCGACUCGGUCCAGGUGGCACAAGAUCUGGCGGGCUGCACCCACGUGGAGGGGAGUCUCAUCCUCAACCUUCGCCAGGGCUACAACCUGGAGCAGGAGCUGCAGCACAGCCUGGGGCUGGUGGAGACCAUCACUGGCUUCCUCAAAAUCAAGCACUCCUUUGCCCUCGUGUCCCUGGGCUUUUUCAAGAACCUCAAACUAAUCCGGGGGGAUGCCAUGGUGGAUGGGAACUACACUCUGUACGUGCUGGACAACCAGAACCUCCAGCAACUGGGGUCCUGGGUGGCUGCGGGGCUCACCAUUCCCGUGGGCAAGAUCUACUUCGCUUUCAACCCACGCCUCUGCUUGGAGCACAUUUACCACUUGGAGCAGGUGACCGGCACGCGGGGACGGCAAAACAAGGCGGAGAUCAACCCCCGGACCAACGGAGACCGCGCCGCCUGCCAGACUCGCACCCUGCGCUUCGUGUCCAACGUGACCGAGACCGACCGCAUCUCACUGCGCUGGGAGCGCUACGAGCCGCUGGAGGCCCGAGACCUACUCAGUUUCAUCGUGUACUACAAGGAGUCCCCAUUCCAGAAUGCCACGGAGCACAUAGGUCCAGAUGCCUGUGGGACCCAGAGCUGGAACCUGCUAGAUGUGGAGCUGCCCCUAAGCCGCAACCAGGAGCCAGGGGUGACCUUGGCCCCCCUCAAGCCCUGGACACAGUAUGCAGUGUUUGUGCGGGCCAUCACGCUGACCACUGCUGAGGACAGCCCCCACCAAGGAGCCCAGAGCCCCAUCAUCUACCUCCGAACCCUGCCCGCAGCGCCCACCGUUCCCCAAGACGUCAUCUCCACGUCCAACUCCUCCUCCCACCUGCUGGUGCGCUGGAAGCCACCGACCCAGCGGAAUGGGAACAUCACCUACUACCUGGUGUUGUGGCAGCGUCUGGCAGAGGACAGCGACCUCUACCUCAAUGACUACUGCCACCGCGGCCUGCGGCUGCCCACCAGCAACAGCGACCCGCGCUUCGACCGGGAAGACGGGGAACUCGAGGCGGAGAUGGAGCCCGGCUGUUGCCCUUGCCAACACCCACCUCCGGGGCAGGUCUUGCCGCCACUGGAGGCGCAAGAGGCCUCGUUCCAGAAGAAGUUUGAAAACUUCCUGCACAACGCCAUCACCAUCCCCAAGUCCCCUUGGAAGGUGACGUCCAUCAAUAAGAGCCCUCAAAGGGACUCCGGGAGGCACCGCCGAGCCUCCGGGGCCCUCCGACUCGGGGGGAACAGCUCAGAUUUCGAGAUCCGGGAGGACAAAGUGCCCCGAGAGCGAGCAGUGUUGAGCGGCCUGCGCCACUUCACCGAGUACCGGAUCGACAUCCAUGCCUGCAACCACGCGGCGCACGCUGUGGGCUGCAGCGCCGCCACCUUCGUCUUUGCGCGCACCAUGCCCCACAGAGAGGCUGAUGGUAUCCCAGGGAAGGUGGCCUGGGAGGCGGCCAGCAAGAGCAGUGUCCUCCUGCGCUGGCUUGAGCCAUCGGACCCCAAUGGACUGAUCCUCAAGUACGAAAUCAAGUACCGCCGCUCGGGAGAGGAGGCCACAGUGCUGUGUGUGUCCCGCCUGCGAUAUGCCAAGUUUGGGGGCGUCCACCUGGCCCUGCUGCCCCCUGGAAACUACUCUGCCAGAGUGCGGGCAACCUCACUGGCUGGCAACGGCUCGUGGACAGAAAGUGUCGCUUUCUACAUCCCUGGCUCAGAGGAGGAAGACUCCGGGGGGCUGCACCUUCUCACUGUCACCCCCGUGGGACUCAUGCUGCUCAUCAUUCUUGCGGCCCUUGGUUUCUUUUACAGCAAGAAGAGAAACAGCACCCUCUAUGCCUCUGUGAAUCCAGAGUACUUCAGUGCUUCUGAUGUGUACAUCCCCGAUGAGUGGGAGGUGCCUCGGGAGCAGAUCUCCAUAAUUCGGGAACUGGGCCAGGGCUUCUUCGGGAUGGUAUAUGAGGGGCUGGCACAAGGACUGGAGGCUGGAGAGGAGACCACACCUGUGGCCCUGAAGACGGUGAAUGAGCUGGCCAGCCCACGAGAACGCAUUGAGUUCCUCAAGGAAGCCUCUGUCAUGAAGGCAUUCAAGUGUCACCAUGUGGUACGUCUCCUGGGCGUGGUGUCUCAGGGCCAGCCAACUCUGGUCAUCAUGGAGUUAAUGACUCGUGGGGACCUCAAGAGCCAUCUUCGAUCUCUGCGGCCGGAGGCAGAGAAUAACCCUGGGCUCCCGCGGCCAGCACUGGGAGAUAUGAUCCAGAUGGCUGGUGAGAUCGCAGAUGGCAUGGCCUACCUUGCCGCCAAAAAGUUUGUGCACCGAGACCUGGCAGCCCGAAACUGCAUGGUGUCCCAGGACUUCACCGUCAAGAUUGGGGAUUUCGGGAUGACUCGAGAUGUGUAUGAGACAGACUACUACCGCAAGGGCGGGAAGGGGCUGCUGCCUGUGCGCUGGAUGGCCCCCGAGUCCCUCAAAGACGGAAUCUUUACCACCCACUCGGAUGUCUGGUCCUUUGGCGUGGUGCUCUGGGAGAUCGUGACCCUGGCUGAACAGCCCUACCAGGGUCUGUCCAAUGAGCAGGUGCUCAAGUUUGUCAUGGAUGGUGGGGUCCUGGAGGAGCUAGAGAGCUGUCCCCUUCAGCUGCAGGAGCUGAUGAGCCGCUGUUGGCAACAGAACCCACGCCUGCGACCAACCUUCACCCACAUCCUGGACAGCAUUCAGGAGGAGCUGCGGCCUUCCUUCCGCCUCCUUUCCUUCUACUACAGCCCAGAGCGCCGGGGGCCCCGGGCUUCCCUCCUGCCCACCGAUGCAGAGCCCGACUCCCCACCACCCCCAAAAGGGGUUUCCUCAGACUGCAGCCCUCUAAAUGGGGGUCCAGGGCACUGAGGGGCACUCCCCUCCCUGUCUGAUUGGCCUCCCACAGGCAGAGAGGAAGGGAUCUGACCUUUGUGGCUGAGAGAUGUGCAGACUUUCAUACCCCCGGGCCAUGGGGUGGCCAAGGGUGGGGCCGACAGCAGGGGCAGGAAAGGCUGGGGGCGGAUCAGAGCAGACUCACCGAGUUCUCCCUGAGGAACUCAGCAAGGUCCCAGCAGGAGUGGAGACCAGGCCCUCAAAGAGCCCCUACUCAAACCAAGAAGAGAGGGCCUGUCCACCCCACAGGGGUUGUCGGGAGAACCCCACCCUCAGCCCACAGGUCCCUUGGGGACAUCUGGGGCCAUCAGCACACUUGAAACCAGAUAAGCAACCAGAAUGGGCCUGGACCCUCGUCUGUCCAUGUGUGGGCUGCAGGGGAAGACGGUCCACAUAACUGCCUUCUCACCACCGCGUGCCACCUCCUACCCUCUGCCUCAGGCGCCAGGGUGAGGUUCUCAGCCUGGCCUUCAGGCCUGCCCUCACUCCCCCUCUCCUUUGCCAUCGCAGGGAUUUCCAAGCUUGGUGCUCCUCCUUCCUCUGCCCCAGGAAAGUCCCUUGGAGUGAAUCACCCCACCCCUCGCAGUCCCAUCCCCUCAAUCUCCCUCAUACCCUUCGAUUAUUAAGGCUUUAAGAGGUUUGCUUCCUCCCUGCCCUCACUCCUGCCCCUCCCCCACCCCUCUCGGGGGAAGACACAAUAAAUGCCAAUGUCUGUUUGUA